AUGGAAAAGAAAACUCAUGAUUAGAUUAGAUUAGAUUAAUUAGUUUAGCGGGUCACGGAGGUUUAUUUCAGCCUCUACCCAGCGCUGCCAGCUUCAGGCUUGCGCCCUAUGCACCGGCUCUGUAGCUCUCACUCCAUUUUCUGUCGACGUCACCAAAAAAAUGGUGACGUCGCCAUCUAACAGGGAGACUCACCCAGGUACUCCUUGAUCAGGGUCUAGUGACCCGGCGCAGUCCUUUCUGGGGAGGGUGAAAAGUAGCCUCCCGGAAUCUCCUUCAGGUCCCCUAAGCUCCACUACAAGCUUCCUCACUUUCCUUCUAGUCCUGAAGUUUGACUCCUGAUUCUGCGGCUCUGGUCUUCUUGUCUUUGUGAGAGGUAAAAAACCUUGUCGUGGUGUCCCGACCAAGGUAAAAAAAACCCACCCUGGACACAAUAUCCAGGGCCCGUUUACUUCUUAGCCCCGUAGUCCCUGAGGGUACAGGAGAAGGACGGGUCGGAUGGCUCGCCAUUUUAAUUGUGUUAAACUCAUGAAGAACUUGAGAAUUUAAUGACUUUGUACUUGUCGAAUCAAAAAAUAGCUGAAGAUGAAGCUGUAAAAUAUAAAGAAAAUAAAUUAAUUUGAGCUAAAAGGAUGCUAAAAAAUAAAGAUAUACAAGAAAUACUGACACAUGCAGCACAAGAAGUAUUAUUAAUUUAGGUCUCUUUAAUUAUGUAUAGCGAUUUAGCUCAAAAGACCCAAAGAAUAAAAAAUCCAAAUAAUGAUUCUACAACAAGCUUAAAUUCACCUGACAAAGCGCAGGGGUAUAUAGAAGAACUUGCAAGAUUAGAAGAGGAGUACAAUAAAUAUACACAAAGCACGAUGAAUAUUAUGAAAAAACACUUGAAAAAGAUUGAUAAUACUAUAGCAGGAUAUUACGCAGAAGAUAACACAAGAGAUGAAAUGAUUUAUAAGGGGCUUAAAAUUAUGCAGAAUAAUCCACCAAAGUGACAUAAAGUCGUUGAAAAAUUAGAAACAAUCAAUCAAUAUGAUGUACCUUUCUUUCUUGAUAUUAGAGAUAUAAGUGUAAGAUUUACUCACUCUCUCCAUUUAAUAUGAAUACUUUAAUAGUUCGUUAUUGAUGGAUAAUUUUUUUUAAAUUUUUUAGAAUUUAUGAAAUGCUUUAGAUUUAUCACAUUUUAAAAGAUCAUUUGCAGUGAUAAAAUUCUAAGAUUUAUAUCAAUUGCUUUAUUUAAAAAGCUUUAGAAAAUAUUAAUAACUCCCCACCCCCUCCGUGAGUGAACAAAAAAAUUUUGUUCACUCACGGAGGGGGGUUAAUUUUUUUGUUUUAAAAAAAUUUAUAUAGAAAUUUUAUUAAAAAUAUUUUUUUUUUUCGAAAUUUAAAAAAAUCCUAAUUCACAAAAAUUGGAAAGCAAAUAUUAAUUUAAUUUAUAAAAUUUAUGUUUUAAAAAGCAAUUCGUUUAAAAUUAAACAGAAUUAGCUCUAGAUUUCAUUAUACUAAUUAUCAUUUAUAUAUCAAAUUUUUUUUUCCAUAAAAAUUUUUUCUAUUAAAACAUUUUUGUUCACUCACGGAGGGUGGGUUUUUGGGCAAAAAACAGCGAUUUUUCUAAUGGUUUUGUCCACUCACGGGGGGGGGAGUAAGUAUAAAUUGUAAAUGUUCUUUUUUAAUUUUAAAAAUAUAAUCUAUGCACUCGUAUAGAUUUCUCUUUAGGACUUUUACAAUGGACGGCUGAAGUGCUGGAAUAUUCAAUACUAGGGAAAUGGGCUCGAUAGCAAUUUAUAAUAGUUAUUAGUAUAGGAUGAUAUAUAAGUAAUAAUUGUUUCUAAGUCAAAAAGAAAGACAUUUGUUUACGAAACAAGUUGAAUUCGGGACCUUAUCGGAAGAGUUUGGGUUGCUAUGUAAGCGGACACUAAAAAUGGAACUGGGCAAAGAGUGAUCUGAGGAGAAAGUAGCCGAUAUGUGAAAGAAGUGCAUAAAGACUGCCUUUAUCGUGGUUCCCGGCAGUUUGGGACAGUGUAAUCUGAACUAAUCCUUGUUCCUGAGUCGCGGGAUUUUGUCGUGUUCGAUCCAUUUUUAUUGCCGACUUUGACAAGCCAAGGUAACUUGGCGAGCCUAAUUAUAAAUGAAAAUGGAAAUGAGCAACGCUACAAUACAUACAAAAUAUAUCAGUGCACCAGACAAUAGACCCUUGAAAUUUAAUAGGCAAGCAGCAAUGCUUUAAUGAUGAAAAAUCAAAAUGAAAAUAUCAACUUAUAUAGGCAUCUUUAGAUAAACAUUGUUUUUAAUUCGCUCUAUACACCUCAAUUUGCAUUUGCGGAAAGAGUUAUAGGGAUGAUAAAAUAAGUUUAACAGAGUUGAAGGAAAUGAGAUCCUUAAAAAGUUAAAUACUGUGCAAGAGUUAGAAAUGCAAGUUUAAAUAUUUUAGACAAGAUUUUUGAUUACAAUGCUCAUAUAAGCUUCUCUUACUGAGUUAUUUUUGCUGCCGAAUCCGCUUCAAGUAAUGUCUGUUAAAUGCUAACGGCAAUAAGUAUCACCCUUUACCUAUACCAGAAUUGAAUAUGCAGAUUGGAAUAUUUUGUACAAGAUUUUCAACGAUAAUUUACGCUUAAGCUUUAUUCAAUAAUUAAUUUUUGCUACCUAAUCUGCUCGAAUCCGCUUCAAGUAAUAGCUGUUAAACGCUAAAGGCAAUAAGUAUCGCCAUUUACAUAUACCAGAAUUAAAGUGGAAGUUUGAAAGUAUUUUGUACAAGAUUUCUAAUUCUAAUGCACACUUAAGCUUUAUUUAAUAAUUAACUUUUGCUGCCUAAUCCGCUCGAAUCCGCUUCAAGUAAUAUCUGUUAAAUUCUAACGGUAAUAAGUAUCGCCCUUUACAUAUAUUAGAAUUGAGCAUGCAGAUUAGAAUAUUUUAUACAAGAUUUUCAACGAUGAUCCACACUUAAGCUUUAUUCAAUAAGUACCUUUUGCUGCCUAAUCCGUUCAAAUCCGCUUCAAGUCAUAGCUGUUAAAUGUUGACGGCAAUAAGUAUCGCCCUUUACAUAUACCAGAAUUGAACAUGUAGAUUGUAAUAUUAUAUACAAGAUUUUAAACGAUAAUGCAUUCAUAAGCUUUAUUCAAUAAUUACCUUUGGCUGCCUAAUCCGCUUGCAGUAAUGGCUCUUAUAUGCUACCGGCAAUAAGUAUCACCCUUUGCAUAUACCAGAUUAAAAUGUAAAUUUGAAAGUAUUUUGUACAGGAUUUUUAAUUAUAAUACACAUAUAAGCUUCUCUUAGUGAGUACUUUUGCAGCCUAAACCGCACAAAUCCGCUUAAAGUAAUAUCUGUCAAACGCUAACGGCAAUAAGUAUCACCCUUUACAUAUUCCUUUACAUAUACUAGAUUAAAGUGUAAAAUUGAAAGUAUUUUGUACAAGAUGUUUAGCUAUAAUAUAUCUAUAAGCUUCUCUUAGUGAGUUAUUUUUGCUGCUGAAUCCGCUCUAAUCCGCAUCAAGUAAUAUCUGUUAAACGCUAACGGCAAUAAGUAUCACCCUUCACAUAUACCAGAAUUGAGCAUGUAGAUUAAAAUAUUUUAUACAAGAUAUUCAACGAUAAUCAAAAAUCUUGUAUAAAAUAUUGUAACGUUGCUUAUUUCCAUUUUCAUUUAUAAAUUAGGCUCGCCAAGUUACCUUGGCUUGUCAAAGUCGGCAAUAAAAAUGGAUCGAACACGACAAAAUCCCGCGACUCAGGAACAAGGAUUAGUUCAGAUUACACUGUCCCAAACUGCCGGGAACCACGAUAAAGGCAGUCUUUAUGCACUUCUUUCACAUAUCGGCUACUUUCUCCUCAGAUCACUCUUUGCCCAGUUCCAUUUUUAGUGUCCGCUUACAUAGCAACCCAAACUCUUCCGAUAAGGUCCCGAAUUCAACUUGUUUCGUAAACAAAUUUCUUUCUUUCUGACUUAGAAACAAUUAUUACUUAUAUAUCAUCCUAUACUAAUAACUAUUAUAAAUUGUUAUCGAGCCCAUUUCCCUAGUAUUGAAUAUUCCAGCACUUCAGCCGUCCAUUGUAAAAGUCCUAAAGAGAAAUCUAUACGAGUGCAUGGAUUAUAAUCAUUUUAUGAUAUUCUUAUAGCUUAAGAAGGAUUUGGCCCAUCUUAACUUGAGAAAAUAGAGUAAACAAAAUAUAGAUUCAAUUAUUUUAUGUGCUAAUAAAUAUUUAAAAAAUUAGACAGAGUAAUAAGAUGUUUUAACAAAAUUUUUUAUUUUUUUAAAAAUUAUAGGGUUUGACCCUCAACACCCCGACAAGGGCAGAUGAUCCCCCGCGGAAUCAUCGAGUUGGUCCGACAACACACUAAGUUGGUUGGACCAACUCGAUAAUUCCGCAGGGAAUCAUCUGCCCUUAUCGGGCUAUUGAGGGUCAAACCCUAUAUAUUUUGAGAUGUAUUUUUAUGAAUUCAUUGUAUUUGCUAGAAUUUAAAUUGAGAAGAUUUUACUCGUUAUUAAUUGUGCCUAAAUCUCCCUCAAUUGGCUAUGAUCAAAGAUUAGAAAAAUUAACUCCUUGGUUUUCGAGAAAAAUUUUUAAUAUAUUUUUAGUAAUAAAUACUUUGAUUUAUAAUUAAUGAUUAUAUAAAGAUCUUUAGCUAAGUAUAUAAAUUUAUUACAUUCAAAGACCAUUAUUUUAUAAAUCAAUAGCUUUUUCAUUUAUAAUUUGUUUCAGAAUUUUUUUUUAAAAUAAAAAAAUAAGCCCACGCUAGAGAACAGAAAAAUUUUGCAUUCUAAUUAGGGGAGUAAGAAAAAAAAAUUUAGGUAAAAUGCCAACUGUUCUAUUCGCUAUUAUAGAGAAGGAGUCAGCUAGAUGCCUGAAAAGAAGGUCUAGAGCUUGAAAAGUUAUUGGAAAGAGAAAGAAAAAAUUUUCAGAAAAAACUUGUAAUAAUGGAUUCUAAAUGAAGAAGGAAAAUCGAUUGAAUUAAAGAAAAAUCAGGGAUUUAUAUUAAAAAGUUAGAAACAACAAUAGAAAACGACAAAAGAGCCGAGAAUAUAAGCAGAGAAAGAUUUCAAAUAGUGAUUGAAGAUUUAUUAGAAGUUAUCAGGAAAAAAGAGGAAACUGAAAGCUUGAUGUCAGAUAAACUAUACCAGGAGUUUGGGGUUCUAAAUAUAGGAGCAGCGCUCUCGCAGCUCUCAAAUUUUGAAAAAUCGAAAAAAAAGCAGGAAAAAAUGAUAGAGCAAACAAAGCAAGAUCUUAAAUCAGCGAAAACCAAACUUCAAAUCGCAACCACAAAAAAUGAAGAAUCAAAUAAAGAAAUAAUUGAAAAAACACAACAAAUCACUAUGUUGGAACAAAUUAUCACAAAAUUCAUUGAUAAAAUACCAUUUUCGCCACCAGACAAAAAAAGAAUUGAAACUUUUGUUGCAGAAAAGCAAUAUCAGAAAGUCUUAUGCUUAUUCACAAAAUAGCUCACUAUCAGAAUGUUAAUUAAAAAGUUUGCAAACAAAUAUUUUACAAUAAAACUAAUAAUAUUUAUUAAAAAAGGCAUAGGUAUAUUAGCCUCAUUUAAAGUAGAAACAUCCAAAAAUGAUGAAUCAAAGUCACAUGCAAAAUCAGAAGAUGCAGAAGGAAAGAUAAGAGAGAGCCCAAGCAAGCUAUCAAAAAUCAAUGAAAAGCCAGUUAGCGAAACAGCUCCUCUUAUAAAAAAAUCACAUAAGUCUCCUAGAGCUAUCAAGACGGAAGCAAACUUAUUUAUUACAGAAAAUAAAGAAAAUGAUGCAGUCGUCUCUUUAGAAAAAGACAAUUCUAUUGAAAAUAAAUCUACUGAAAGAGUAAUAUUUAAGAUUGUAGAAGGAGAUACAAAAUCAAUAAGAAGCAGAAAUCUUAAGAAAAAACUGCUUAUGCAAUCAAUUGAAAACGAAAGCUCAGUUGAAAGCUUUGACAAGAAAGAAGGCAAAAAAUUAACAAAAUAUACCAAAAGAAGACCACAAAUAGAAAGAAUUGAAGAAGUAAAAUUACAGAAGAGAAAUAACCAUCAAGCAUUUUCUGAUGGAUUUAUCGAAUUAUUAUCAAAAGUAUAUGCAGAAAAGCAGAAACCUGAAGAUAAUAUUGCUGAAAUUUUUACUCUCCUCCCUUUUAAGAACGAGAAAUUAUGAGAAAAUGACUUUUUGAGGAAAAUUUAACGCCCUUUAAGCGAUCAAAAAUUUUUGAAUAUUUUUAAUAUAAAUUAAUUUUAAAUAUAAUAAAUAGUUGCCAUAAAGCACCCUCUAAUUGAUAAUAUAAAAUAUAAGACAGCUUGGGCUCUUAAAUUAGAUUUUCCUCCUUGCAUAUUUCCAAUUAGAUUUUUAAAAUUCAAUAAAAAUAGCCCCCAUAAGACAGGCUAUAUGUCAUUGCCAUCAAAUUGGAAUUUUCCUUGUGCGACAUUUCAGUUGAAUUUUUUUUUCUCAUGAAAAAAUUGAUCAAAUUUUAACGGUUUGCCGAACAAAUGUUUUACGAGAAAGAAUUUUCGACCAAAUUUCACACGAGGUAAAUAUUCCUAUUGAUAACUUGCAACUCUCUCGCUUAAGAAGAAGAGUUAGUAGAAUCAACAUAAUGAAAGAUAUGAAACUUGAAGACUUAUUGAAAAUUGAGCUAAAUCAGUUAAACGAGUCUUGUUAUUUGCAAGAUCUAUUAUUGAACUAUUUAGAAAAUUUACUGACAUCAAAUUAUGAUAUUUUAUGAAAAAAUAUAGCCCUUCCCAAUGAAACUAAAGAAGAGCCUCAAGUGAGCAACGAUGAAGAAAUAAAAUCAAAUUCUAUGGUAAUAUUACCAGUAAAAGAGUCACGAAAGUCUUCAAGAGAAAGCUCGAGAAGGCUAUCAAGUCAAGAGUACUAUGGAAACUGAAGAAUUGCAGCUCUCAAAUUUUUCUUGCUAGUUGAAAAAUACAUAUCAAACCAGGAAGACAUCAAAUCUCGCAUUCCUAGAAAUGUGUCUGAUCAAGUUAUCAUGAAAGGAAUUAUAGAAUCCAAUAUAUCUCAAAACGUAAAGGACGAAAUUACUAACUACUUAUCACCUUACAUUUAUAACCCAAAAUUUAAAGAACUGGUUGGAGAAAUCGCUGGCUUAUUAAACUAUGAAAAGAAGUAUAGUUAGAUAUGAUGACUAGAACGGGGCUUUUUUGGCUUGCCGGCAAGCCAAAAAGCCCCGUUCCAGUCAUCCUAUCUAACUAUAUGAAUUAUUAGAAAAAAUCAUGAAAAUCCCUAAAGAUUUCCCAAAAAACCAUUGGAAAGGCGAAAAAAAUAACAUGAUUAACCAAGUCAGAUGGGCAAAAAUAAUUACUGCAAUACGAACAAAAGAAGCAAAAAGCAUUGGAAAAAGAAUAAGUUUGGAUGAUGGUAUAAAUACAAAAUCUCUAUUAUAUAUAAUCGCAACCAACUUGAAAUAUGCAAAGAACUCGAAUAUACAUAGAAUAGGGUUCAGAAGAGAAGAUUCUGCAUUAAAAAAAUGAUCAUCAGUUGGAUCAGAAUCCUUGAUGAAUUUGAGCUUCGAAACAGAAGGCCAAACUCCAAGACACAAUGAUAGUUUCAAUACGUCAAGAGUCUACAAGCCAAAACGCACUCUUUCUAUCAAUGGAGCACUUUCUCAAUAUGAUGCAACAAAACAGAUCGAUUUAUUGCUACCGCCUAUAUCAGAGACAACUAGUUCCCCGUUUAAAUUGGAACAAAAAACAAUUUUUCCAAAUUAAAAGGAGGUUUAAUUUAUAGAAUUUGUCAAUUGUGAUAACUUUGCUUAAAUAGCAUUCUAUUUAUACUCUCCUCUUUGUACAGAACAAGCUAUAAGCAAUUUUUUUUUUGCAGCAUAAAAUUGGAUAUUAAAAUUAUUUGUGUAGAAUUUUUACUCAUACAAAAUAUUAUUUACCCAAGAAUACCCUUUUUUUCUUAUUUAAAUUGUAUGGAGUAAGGUGAAAAGAGCUGAUAAAACAUUGACAACUUUGGUCGGAGCUUAUCAAAAUGAUAUUUGGGUGAAAAAUACCCCGAGGGGAAAUGUAAGUAAAAGAAAUUUGUAUUAA